AUGCGAGAAUGCACUUACACUGGCUCGCUGCCAUGCUGCGCAGUGCCAAGCAAGGCCUGCUUUGGCCAGCAGGCUGGAUGGAAGUUCCAAGUGGACCCCUCCGAUCCCAACGCGGCCCGCACACUCAGGCGGCACGAAGAGCAGCGCGCCAGCAACGAGGCUGACUGCGAAGCCUUGUGCUCCCUGGCUGCCAAGGUCACACGGGACGCAGGCAGCUUUAGCUGUGAGUGCGGUUUCUUCCACGGGAAGUUGUCCAGGCUGUUGAACCACAAGUGCAAGGCCGCCGAGCCACGCUUGCCUGCCCAAGUCCGGUGCCGGCGAGCUACUGCAGCUUUGGCAGCCGCAGCCCGUCAAGUGACCGGCGCUGGCGCCGCAGCUGAUGAGGCAGCGGCGCACGGUUCAGAGGAGUCGCCCUUGGCCCCUGUGCUGGCGGAAAUGGUUUCCAGCAAGAGCGCCAUGCCCUGGGCAUGCUGCAUGGCAGAGCGCCCAGCGCGGGCGGGCGACUUUGUCCCACAUCCAGCCAUGAAGAAGUCCUUCUUACAAAUUCAAAGCAUUUGCUCGGACAACGAGGUCUUGGCCUUGCGCUUUCGCCCGUUCCCUCUUGCAGGAGAAUGUCGGAUACACCCUCCAGCUGGUGGCGAAGCAGGCGGCUGCUGGCGAGCCAUUCCUUCUGGCAAGCUUGAGCGGGCACGGCUCGACAGAAUGCAAGUGCCUUGCGUGCCCAUUCUAGCUCCCCAGCCGAGCUGGUCAGUGUCUUCUCCGCUGUCAGCACGCUGCUUUAGGCAAAGCGUGCCAGGGCUGCCCCGCGCCCGGCCAGCUGCUGGUGAGUUGGACAAUUUGGUGGAGACGUCUUUUGCGCGCAGCUUGCGCUCCGAGGCACGGCUGUCCCAAAAAGUUGCUCAAGUGCUGCAAGAUGUGUGCAGCCGGCCUUUGGCGUACCGUGUCAUGCCAGCCAGCUGCCCGCAAGCGGACGGCGGCGUGUGCCACAUCAUUUGCCGGGGAAAGCGGCGGGGCUGCAAAUUCCUGACAGCUACUGGCAUGUGGCGGUGUGAAGCGGCGACGUACUCCUGCAAGACACAUGGGGGUUUUAGAUGGAACUUGCCUGUCGGCGCAUCGUCUGCAGGCGCGACACUUGUCGGAGACGUUAUGGGCGACUGGAUUGUGCACAGCUCAUUCUGGCCACCAAUCUGGCAAACGUUUCUAGCGACGGAGUCGUACGUGGCGUUAGAAAGGCACGUACGUCGCCAAGUAGAGAGCGCUGUGUUCUUGGCAUUGGCGGAGCACCCGAGCGCCAGCAGCUUGCCACAAUGCGACAAGGGUGAGAUCCACUGGCAUUUGUUGCAGCAUUGCUCGCAGACGCCCGACGCGGUCACAUUGAAGAACUGGCUGCUGAGCUUCAUGUCAGCGCAGAUGAGCUCGGAGGAUGUGGCGGCUUUGGCUGCGGAGGUGGUGGCUUCCCAUGGUGCCAUAUGCUGCUUUGACUUUUCGUCCAGCGACGGUGCCCGGACUGUAUUUAAGCACCGCACUUUCAUGAUUUAA